AUGCUUCGCUCGUCGAAUCGACCCGUCGCAGCCAGCCUCCGCUGUGCUGCGGCGGAAUGGAUUUCGUUCGCAACAUCGGCACAAGCCAUUGCAGGCCCAUCAGCCGGCCGUCGCACCUCGUCCACACCUUUCCACUCUGACUCGGCACCGCGGCAACGCUCCUCACUUCGCAAACCGCCCCAUGCCUCCUUCUCGACCUCCGCCGCCGCCUCCCAAUUGAGCCCGCUCGCUGACCAUCGCAUCAUCUCUGAUCCUUUCCCCAAUCAAGACACCGGAUUUACCUACGAGAAGCGCGACCAGCUCGGUCUGCGUGGACUGCUCCCCCCCGCCAAGCAGAGCCUCAACACGCAGGUGCUGCGUGUGCUCCACCAACUGCGCAGCAAGGCGACGCCGCUCGAGAAGCAUGUCAUGCUCGCCUCGCUGCGUCAGACCAACACGCGUCUGUACUAUGCCACCAUCUUGGCUAACAAAGAGGAGAUCCUGCCGUUGAUCUACACGCCGACCGUCGGCGAGGCCUGCCAAAAAUUUUCGCACAUCUAUCGUCGACCGGAGGGCCUGUCGAUUUCGUUGGAGGACAAGGGCAAGGUGGCGGCGAUCGUCGAGAACUGGCCCGUGCCUGCGGGUUCGCCAAGGAUUGCGGUGAUCACGGAUGGGUCGAGGAUCUUGGGUCUGGGCGAUCUGGGGUGGAAUGGGCAGGGCAUUUCGAUUGGUAAGUUGUCGCUGUACGUCGCCGGUGCGGGUAUCCACCCGAGGGCGACGCUGCCGAUCGUGGUCGAUCUGGGCACGAAUAACAAGAAGAUCCUCGAGGACCCGCUCUAUUUGGGUCUGCGCCGCGAGCGCGCCAGCACGGAAGAGUACAUCGAGUUCAUGGACGAGGUCAUGCACGCUCUGCACUCAAGAUACCCGAACCUGAUCAUCCAGUUCGAGGACUUCACCUCAGAGAACGCCUUCCGCUUCCUCGAGCGCUACCAGGACAAGUACCCGAUGUUUAACGAUGACAUCCAGGGCACGGGCAGUGUCAUCCUUGCCGGCUUCACCAACGCCGCCCGCAUCGCGAGCAAGGAGAGCGGCCGACCGCUGCACGACCACCGCAUCCUCAUGGCGGGUGCGGGCUCCGCUGCCGUCGGUGUCGGCAAGCAGCUCAUGUCGUUCUUCACCCGCCAGGGUCUGUCGGAGGACGAAGCACGCGAGCGCAUCUUCAUCACGGACUCCAAGGGCCUCGUGACCAAGGAUCGCGGCGACAAGCUCGCCGAACACAAGGUGUUCUUCGCACGCGACGAUAACGCCGGCAAGCAGAUCAAAGACCUCGCCGAGAUCAUCGACUACGUCAAGCCCACCGCCAUCCUGGGAUUGUCGACGAUCAAGGGCACCUUUGACGAAAACGUCAUCCGCAAGAUGGCGACGCUCAACAAGCGACCGAUCAUCUUCCCGCUGUCCAACCCGACCGACAAUUCGGAGUGCACGUUCGAGGAGGCGGUGCGCUACACCGAGGGCCGCGUGCUCUUUGCUGCCGGCUCGCCCUUCCCCGAGAUCGACGCCGGUGCGUCGCCCACGGGCACACGCAUGAUUCCCGGUCAGGGCAACAACUUCCUCGUCUUCCCCGGUAUCGGUCUCUGCGCUGCGCUGUGCAAGGCCGCACGGGUGACCAACGAGAUGAUCACCGAAUCGGCGCUCGCGCUCUCGGACGCGCUCAACGACAACGAACGCGCAGAGGGCCGACUGUACCCGAAUACCGAGCGCAUCCGCGAGAUCUCGCGCGACAUCGCCGUGAGGUGCAUCCAGAUGGCCAACAAGCAAGGGGUGACGCGCGAUGGUGGUAAGACGGCGGCGAUGGACGAAGAGGAGCUGCGCGAGUGGGUGAAUGGCGAGAUGUGGUGGCCCAAGUACGACUCUUCGGAGGACGCUUGA